CUUCAUUAAGACUCAGCAUGCCUCUUUAGAAAAUUUCAGUAUAACCAAAAUCUCAGUGCUACAUCACUGCCUUAAUUCCUAUAUGAAAGUAACCAUGGAAUCAAAGAGACGGGUCUGUUUGGUUUUCUUGGCUUUAAUCUUAGUUGGGUUAUCUUAUUCAUUUCUUAAAGGUUCAGAUCAACAAGCACAAUCCAUUUCUUUUGUAAGUGAUCUGAAGACAACAAUCCUUGGAUUUUUUGAUGAAACAUCAUGGGUUACAAUGGAAGACAUAAAUGAAGAAGGAAUUAAACCUAAACAUGUCAUCUUAGCUCCAAACCUCUCGUCAUGUCACAAAUCACUUUCAGAUGCCGGUCGACCAGUUUACUGUUGUCCACCAAAACCUGAAUCAUUAGAACCCAUUAUUGAUUUCAAGUUUCCAGACAUUUCAGAACCAAUAAAAGUUAGAAAACCAGCUCACAUGGUUGAUGCAGAUUACAUAGCCAAGUAUAACAAAGCCAUAACCAUCAUGAUAUCAUUACCUUACGACGAUCCACGUAAUUUCAUGCGUCAAGCUAACAUGCAUUGCAUAUACUGCACUGGAGCUUACAAUCAACAGAAUUCCAACUCUCUACUCAAAAUUCAUAGAUCUUGGAUGUUCUUCCCAUGGCAUAGAAUGAUAAUUUACUUUCACGAACGAAUUCUUGGAAGUUUGAUCGGGGACGAAAAUUUCGCUCUACCUUUCUGGAACUGGGAUUCGCCUGAGGGUAUGUUUAUUCCUGAUAUGUACUUAUAUGGGUCAAUGGUCGAUACACAGCGUGAUAGUUCUCACCUUCCACCCCGAGUUGCUGAUCUUUACUACGAUUACCACGAAAGAGGAUUAGGAACAGUAGAUCAAAUUUCGACUAAUCUUGCUUUCAUGUAUAAUCAAAUGGUUUCUGGCGCUAAAAAGACUGAGCUUUUCAUGGGUUGUCCUUAUAAAGCCGGCAAGAAGGGGUUUUGUGAUGGACCUGGAACUAUUGAACGGGCACCACAUAAUGCAUUGCAUUCUUGGGUUGGUAGUAACUUGAACCCUGAAAGAGAAGAUAUGGGAGCCUUUUAUUCAGCUGCAAGAGAUCCAAUUUUCUAUGCACAUCAUGCAAACAUUGAUCGACUUUGGAAUGUAUGGAAUGAGCUUCGGGGCGACAAGACAACAAUUGAAGAUCCGGAUUGGUUAGAUACUACUUUCUACAUCCACAAUGAAAAGUCACAGCUUGUUAGAAUCAAAAUAAGAGAUGUUGUUGACAGUUCUAAGCUUAAAUAUGCUUACGAGAACGUCGAGAAUGUAUGGCUCAAUGCAAGACCUAAACCUUCUUUACCUCCACAGAUUGCUCGUCAGGUAUUAAAAAUGAGAGAGAAUCAGAACCCAUUCUUGAACGGUAGUAGGAGGCUUGAUACCACAAUAAGAGUGAAGCUGCACAGACCAAAAACACAUAGAAGUAAGAUCGAGAAAGAACAAGAAGAAGAGAUCAUAGUUGUUUAUGGAAUUGACAUCAGUAAAGAUAUGUAUGUUAAGUUCGAUGCUUACGUAAAUGCCGUUGAUGAGACCAUAAUUGGUCCCGAAUCAAGAGAGUUUGCAGGAACAUUUGUGAACAUGAUGAGAGGAGUAAGGAUAUUAUUGAACAAAGAAGAUUUAGUAAUGAAGAGUAAGACAAUCUUUAAGGUGGGUAUCACUGAGCUAUUGGAAGACCUCGAGGCCGACGACGAUGAGACCAUUUGGGUGACAUUAGUACCAAGAGGUGGUACUGGCAUCAAUACCACUGUUGAUGGAGUUCGGAUUGAAUAUUUGAAAUGAAGAGAUAAGCUAAAAAGAAAACUGAUGCUAUCUCUAUUUCCUUUUUCAAAAAAUGUGAUACUUUCACUUUUUCAUUUUUUUUACUGUAUCUUUGGUUUUUGCCUGAAACGAUUCUAAUUGAGAAAAAAAAAUGAAAAUAUCAUUUUUCCUGAAGUAUCUAAGGCGGGGGCAUUAUUCUACCAUUGUGUAUAGCCUAAUAGUUAUUUGAAGGACGUCUUAUGUA